AUGACCGACUACUCUUUCGAAUAUUUUACGGUGCAACUCCCGGCUGAUAAUCAAUAUGUGGCCCAUGUGGAAAUUAAUCGUCCGGAAAGGUUGAACGCCUUCAUCGAAGUUAUGUGGGAAAAUAUGGGCCAGAUCUUCAAUAAACUUUCCUCAGAUCCCCGCGUUCGUGCAAUUGUCCUCAGCGGUGCUGGAGAAAAAGCAUUCACCACCGGGCUGGAUGUCAAGGCGGCCUCGGAAGGUCUUCUCUCUUCAGAUACCGAGACUGACCCAGCCCGAAAGGCGGUCGCUUUUCGUCGCCAUGUCACCACCUUUCAGGAUUGUAUCACUGCGGUAGAGCGCUGUGAAAAGCCCGUUGUGGUAGCCAUGCACGGGUUCUCAUUGGGACUCGCCAUUGACCUGUCAACGGCGACGGACGUGCGUCUAUGUGCCCAGGACACCCGAUUUGGGGUCAAGGAAGUCGAUAUCGGGCUCGCAGCAGAUAUCGGUACCCUUAGCCGACUCCCCAAGGUGGUCGGAAAUUACGGAUGGGUGAAGGAGGUGGCUCUGACAGCGCGCGAGUUCGGCGCUGAGGAGGCCCUGCGUGUGGGAUUUGUCAAUGCAGUGUACGAUAACCGUGAAGCCACUAUUUCGGCCGCAUUGAAGCUCGCCUCCCUAAUGGCUAGCAAGAGCCCCGUGGCCGUGCAAGGCACCAAGGAGAUCUUGAACUACUCGCGUGACCACUCUGUACAAGAGGGACUGCGCUAUACGAGCGUAUGGAAUAGCGUUGCUUUGCAGACCCAGGAUAUCUCGGCGGCUCUACUGUCUGGGUUGCAAAAGCGCACUCCAACAUUUGAGAAGUUGUGA